UGUCUCCACAAACAUAAAUAAGAUUAAUUGUUUAGAAUAUUAAAUAUACCAAGAAAAUUAAUUAUAUGGGUAUGGGCGGGUACCCAUGGGUCGGGUUCACCUAAAUCCAAACCCAACCUAACUCGAUGAAUAGUGAACUGGUUUAAACCAAACCCGGCCCAAAACCCGUCAACACGGAUUUUACCCGCGUUGACCGGAUUGGACCGGGUGGGUAACCGUGGGUUCAGGAGGCCCUUACGUCGCCGGUGAGUGGUACCUUACCACUGCAUGUUAGUUUUCUAUGUUUUGAUUCAGAGUUGGGGGGUAUUUUUAGGGAUCUAACCUUCAAUUCUUUGUUUGGUUUCUCUGAGCACUCGAUCCCGACGGGAGGAGAAGGAGAAAGGGCGACGGGGAGAUGGCCGCAAGAGAAUAGCAGUUGCCGACGACGAGGAUUCCGACACCGAUUUGAUCUCGGUGAGUUCUUCCCCUAUUUAUUUCUAUUUUCCUAGGUUAGAUGGGUUGAGUUAAUCGUUUCGAAUUUGUGGGGUCUGUUAUUUCUUACAUGGUUUCUGACUUUUGUUCUUUUUUUAUGCAGAUUUUUCUGGUUUGGAGAAGUACCAGGUAAUACUCCUUUAAUCUCUAGUUUCCUUUUGAUAAAUUGAGUUCUAAACGAACUAAGACUUAGUUCCUUAUUUUAUAAAUCGAGGUGAUGCCAAAGCACCAGAUUUGGGUUAAAACCUCCUGUUGGGGUUUAUCUAGUAUAAGUUUUUCAUGAUACCAAUGAAAACCAUUGUUUGAUUAUCUUGAAAUGAUUCAAAGCUAACUGAAAGUCUUAGCCAUUGCUAAUGAUUUCAGAUUUGAAGAAACGAUUGUAGUGUGCGUUUGUCGUAUAUGUUAUGUAUUGUAGAAAAUUUCGUGUUUCUGAUUCUUAUACUCCACUUUGAGAAUGAUAGAAAAAAGACAUGGCCUCUGCUUAUGACUUUGGUUUAAAACGAAAGGUUAUAUUCUAAGUUAUGAUCGGAUUUGGAGGGGUUACCUAGAUAACGAAAGAAAAUGUAUUUCUAUGGUAUCCUCCUAAAACCGAGUUUGCAAUGGGUCUGAGCCUGUUAUUUCUUUGCUCUUUUCAUGAGGAUUGGAAAUGGGUUCUCUUGCUGGGAAUUCAACUAUGUUAAGAAGGGAUCAAUCAUGCAUUUUAAACUAGAUAUGACUCGAUAAUCGAUGAGGGUUUAUAAUCAACUCAACCAAGUGCUUGAAAUAUAUAACAUGGAAAAGCAUAGUGAAAAUCAGAUCUAGUUUUGUUUGUGGCUCCCUUGAUUUGUGAUUAAGAAUUCUAGCAUAUGGUUAACUUACAAGCAUAUCUUUUGCCCCAUAAAAAAAACACAGAUUUGAUUGCAUUCCCAUUAUACUUGCAAGAGUUUAGCUCCUGAUCAGCUGUGUCUUAAGAGCUAAGCAUAUACAUGUCUGCCUACCAUGAAGAACAUUGAUUUCUACUUUCUAUCACAUACAUAGCGAUGUUUAUUCUUAUGAAUGGGUGAAGGGAUGAUUUUGGAUUUGAGAUAUACUUACCUGGAAUUCCUGAGGAGUCGUCUUGUGGGUUGAUUUUCUUGUUGAUUGAUUGCUUGCUGCCUUCUGUUUCCCGGUUCCUCCUUGCUGCUUAUUGUUUUUGUCUUGUUCUCGAGCAUCAGCUCCCUUGUUUCUCUAAUUCUCCCUCUUUUAUGGUCGCUCAUCUCCUCCUCUCUUUUUUGCGGUAAGAAACCCAUUUAUACUGCCCAUUUUACUGUUUAUUUGUGUGUUGUGGCAACUAUUAGUUGAUUGUUUUGAGAGGUGGCACCGACCUCUUUUCAAGAGGCAGGCAACAACCAUUUUCUCUUUGCCCUUUGGGGUAGGAUAUGGACAAGGAAGAAAGAAGCUGAUUGGCUUGAGUUGACUGGUUGACUCAAGUUGACCAACGGUGGGCUUAAUUGGGCUUAAUCUGUCCUCUUUUUUUUUUUUUUUUUUUGCAGGUACUUUAUUCGUUUGGGUGGAAGAUGACGGCUCAAUAGCUCGAAUGAGCUGAUUGGUCUCCUCAAGUUUUUUUUUUUUUUUUCGAUUUUCUUCCUUGUUCAAGUUCAUGUAAUCUUUUAAUUAAACCAACUAUGUGCCAUCAAUUAGAACAUUGGCUUCCAUUAUGAAAUGUAAUCAAUCUUGUAAUGCACAGUCUAAACAUUUAGGGGUCGUUUGUUUCAAGGAUUGUAAAAUGAGGGUUUUUACUUAAAUGUGGGAUUUAAAAACCUAAGGUUUUAUUUGGGAUUUGGGGCAUUUUGGAUUUGUGAAAGUCCUUCGUUUGUUUCUUAUUUUGAUCAUGGAUUUACUGAUUUGGGUUUUAGAAACAAAAAAAAAUGCAUUUACACUAUUGUCCUUUUUGGGGUGCAGUUGUAUCUCGUUUCCCUGCUUUCCUCGUUAGUGUCCAAAAAAAAAAAACAGAAACCAGAGAGCUGCAACAAAGACCAGAAGGCUAUCAGGUUGAACAACCAUGUACCAAUAGUAACUACAAUCCAACAAAACCCUAAGAACAAAAACCCAGCUAGAAUUGUGAGCAAUGGAGGACUGCCCCGCCGCCUUCCUCUUUAGCGUCCUUUAUUGUCGGAGCCGAAUCAGAGUUGGAGGAUGGAGAUGCCCACACGAAGAAAAUGGCGAUUGCAAGGAAGGGAGUGUCGUGCUCACCUGGGUUUCAGGUUCGCUGCCGGAGAUUGAUGUCGGCUGAAUGCAGACUGAUCGCCGGCCGAAGAAAGCUUCUGUUGGUGCGCGUUGCAAAUUCCAGAAAUCCCACUGCAGAACUCCUCUUCGUAGCUUCCUCGGUCUGGCGUGCAAUGGGCAGAGGGAGAGUGGAAGCGACAUAUAUGUGGGUGAUGGAGAGGGAAAUCUUGGUUUAAUGAAAUAUAAUGAGGAUAGGAGUGUCAAUUGGCCUCUUGGUUUUUCUGCACAUCAUCAAUUCCCUAAUGAUCAUGUGGGAUUUGUAAAGCCGUGGGCCCCACGGAUUUGGAACAAAAAAAUAAUCCCAAAUCCGUGGGGCCCACAGAUUUGUCUAAAAAUUUUGUGACAAACAAACAAGGGAUUGUGGCUAAAUCCCUAAUGAUUAGGUUUUUAGUGUGAAAUCCAUGAUAACAUUCCUUGAAGCAAACGACCCCUUAUAAUACAAGCUCAUAUGUUUCCUUCAUCCAAUUCGGCAAUUAUCAAAAGGCAAACUAAAUCCAAACCUUGAGCAAUCACUUGGGCUGAUUCCACAAAUGUCAAAUUUAUAUUCAUGUGUUGAUUCAACCUUACUCCAAGAUAAGAUAAAAGCUAAGUUAAAGA